CAACACACCAAAAGUGGCGUGUUUUCUCGCGUGCCCGGAGGCAAAUCAACGGGAGCGGCCGGGGCGCCGGGCGCGGCCCCGUAUUUAAUGGCGUCACCGCUUGCUCACGCCUCCAACGUCUCGCAUUCCACUCCAUCCUCUCCGUUCCCGCAUCAUCAUCAUCGUCCUUGUCGUCGUCUCAGCGUCAUCGCCCCUCGCAUGCUUGUCAUGCAACCACGACCCCGCACCCUAUAUAUCCGUCGUUCGUCUAAGCUCCACGUCUCCCGAGCUAACCACAGUUGCUACGUGACAUGCUAGGCGUCGCGCGUGCAGCUAAGCUCGCUAGUCCUCGACGUGACAGCCUGACCCGACCCGAGGCUGAGCGAGCUAGGCCGUGGUCCAUGGCCGUGGCCGCCGCGGGGCGCAGGCGCUGCUGCCUCUGCGCGGGCGUUAUCGUCCUCGUCGUCGUCGCAGUCGCGGAGGGCGCCGGUGCCGGGGGCGACGGGUUCAUAACGUGGGACGACCUCAGCAUACCGUCCGCCGUGGCCGCGCCGCGCGGCGUGUCGGACGGCGCCGCGGGAGGAGCCCGCCGCGACCUGGGGACGAUCGUGGUGUCGCAGGACGGGACGGGGCACUCGCGGACCGUGCAGGGCGCCGUCGAUAUGGUGCCCGCCGGCAACCGGCGCCGGGUCAAGAUCCUCAUCAGGCCGGGCGUGUACAGGGAGAAGGUGACGGUGCCGAUCACGAAGCCGUUCGUGUCGCUCAUCGGCAUGGGCACCGGCCGCACGGUGAUCACGUGGCACGCCAGGGCGUCGGACGUCGACCCGUCGGGCCACCAGGUCGGCACCUUCUACUCCGCCUCCGUCGCCAUCGAGGCCGACUACUUCUGCGCCAGCCACAUCACCUUCGAGAACUCCGCGCCGGCGGCGCCGCCGGGAGCGGUGGGGCAGCAGGCAGUGGCGCUGCGGCUCUCCGGCGACAAGACGAUGCUGUACAGGUGCAGGAUCCUGGGGACGCAGGACACGCUCUUCGACAACAUCGGGCGGCACUACCUGUACAACUGCGACAUUCAGGGCUCCAUUGACUUCAUAUUUGGAAACGCAAGGUCCUUGUACCAGGGGUGCACGCUGCACGCCGUGGCGACGAGCUACGGCGCGAUCGCGGCGUCGCAGCGGAGCUCGGCGGCGGAGGACUCGGGCUUCUCGUUCGUGGGGUGCAGGCUCACCGGCUCCGGUAUGCUCUACCUGGGCAGGGCGUGGGGCAGGUACGCCAGGGUGGUCUACUCCUACUGCGACCUCAGCGGCAUCGUCGUCCCCCAGGGAUGGAGCGACUGGGGCGAUCGGUCAAGAACAAAGACGGUGCUGUUCGGAGAAUACAGCUGCAAGGGUCCAGGGGCGAGCGCGAGGCAGAGGGUACCUUGGUCCCGGGCGCUCACCUACGAGGAGGCUCGGCCGUUCCUCGGCCGGAGCUUCAUCAACGGUGAGCAGUGGCUCAGGCUGUAGAUCCCACUGCCGUUCCUCGGUCGGAGCUUCGUCGACGGCGAGCAGCGAUUUAGGCCGUACAUCCUGCAAAUUCUGCACAUUCCCCUUCUCUUUAGUUUUCUUCACUGCAGAUAAUGUACCUAGCAGAGCUAGUCAGUUGACAUGUACGGUGUACCAUACUACCAUGUAACAAACCUGACACGUCCAUAUAUGUAGUUGAGAUGAGAUUUGUAAGCCCUGUGAAUCAUGGCAAGAUAGGAGUUUGCAUGCGUGAAGGAACAGGGGAGGCCAUCAUGUGACACGCCUCAUGUCAGGGACCUCAGGCCUAACA